AUGCGUGUAUUUUUAAUAAACACAACAAUCUUACAAAUUAUUGUUUGCAUAUUAACCACUUUUCUGCAAGCAAGGUAGGUAUUACAAUAUAUUUUAAUUGAAAAAAAAACAACCAUGAUUAUUCAGAGUUGUUCCAAAUAAAAAAACUGUCAGUUUAUUAUGUCUAGGACCAUGCAAGUAUUUUGGACAGCAAUUGUGCGCAAUCAUCUAUAAGAUGCACCAGGUUAACUUCAAACGGUGGAAAUUGAAAUUGAAACCAGUGAAUUUUUUCAGAUGACUCAUAUUGCGAGUGCAACUUCGAUUCUUCUUUCAUUUUUCUAUAGAUUCAAACUUUUGAAGACCGGAGGAAUUAGAAUGUCAAAAACAUGUGUAUAUUUUGUCAUCAGCUAUCUAAUUCCAUUGAUUGGUUUAAUAUUAUCACUUAUAUCCGCAUCAGAUUUGAAUGAAAUAACUGCCGAACUUCAAAAACUUCAUCCAACAUAUCAAACUUCGAACUAUGCAAUUGUCGGAUAUUCUGAUGUUGAAGGACCUACUGCUGCCAUAAACUCUUUAUUUUAUGCAAUAACAAUAUAUUUGAGUCCAGUUUUAGCUUUUUAUUAUCGAAAAAAAAUUCUGAAUUUUCUCGAUCGAUCAAAAAAGGAAAUUCGAUCAGAGAAAAUAAAUCAGUCAAAGAGUAUGAUUAUGGUACGUUCAUUAUGGUAAUUAAUAGAUCAUUUUCGUAUUUUUUUAUUUUAGGGGUUGACUAUCCAAUCAAUAUUUCCACUCAUAUCUUAUAUACCAGUUUUAACAUAUUAUGCAUACUCAACUUAUGGAAAUGUUAUCAGCAAUAUGCUUCUGGAAUAUAUAGUUAGUGUGAUAUCAAUACUGUUCACUAUUGUUGAUCCAGUUUUAACAAUUUAUUUUGUUUUACCAUAUCGACGUGCGGUCAAAAAAUUCUGGACUGGUGAAAAACCAUCACCUGGGCUCAAAAUAUUAGUUUCGGAUACACAUGAAACAGUCGGUUUACUUUUUCUUUAUAUAUGAAUAUUUUUGAUUAUUUAUACUAUUUUUUUUUCAGGUCUUCACAGUCCAACGCGUAGGUGUUGAUCACUUUCAACCAAUCAUAGAAAAUUGA